GUCCGUUUUCCUUCCCAUCAACGUAACGCGAACAAAAGUUACCCUGCGCAACGAAGAUCAAUAGUGAAAAGGAAAAGAUCUGUGCUGCAGUGUGAAAACUUUCCUCUCCCACAUCCAGCCUGUGGCAGUCGGAAAAAAGGGAAAACAGUCAUGAGUGAGGAUGGUGCAGCUACAACCAGUAACAAGACGCCCGAAACGAUGAGCGAGGACCAGCAGAAUAAGCGUAAGCACAAAGUGAUCAUAGUAGGUGCCGGGAUGGCAGGACUCUCGUCAGCGAAUCACCUGACGAAGAACGGCUGCACGGAUUUUCUCAUCCUCGAAGGGCGCAACCGUGUCGGUGGUCGCAUCGUUUCGAUCGAUAUGGGAUCGCAGAAGAUCGAGCUCGGUGCCAACUGGAUCCAUGGCGUCCUUGGUAACCCAAUGUUCGAACUGGCUAUGCAGCACGGACUGAUCAGCAUUAUCAACAUACCAAAGCCACACAAGGUGGUAGCAGCGACAGAGGACGGAAAACAGGUACCGUUUCAGAUACUGCAGGAAAUCUAUGAAGCGUACGUGUGUUUUCUGCGUCGCUGCGAGGAAUAUUUCCUGUGCCAGUAUCUGCCCCCGCCCGACAUUCACAGUGUCGGCGAACACAUAAACCUGGAGGUGGAGCUGUAUCUGAACGGCGUCGACUGCCAGAAGGAAAAGCAUCUGCGUAAGCUCAUAUUCGACUGUCUGCUAAAACGCGAAACGUGCAUCACCGGGUGCCAUAGUAUGGACGAGAUCGAUCUGCUCGAGCUCGGUAGCUAUACGGAGCUGCAGGGCGGCAACAUUGUGCUGCCGUCCGGGUAUAGCUCGAUCCUGAAACCGUUGUGUGACAAUCUGCCAAAGGAAAACAUCGUACUGUCGUGUCCGGUGCGACGAAUUCACUGGAAACGGAAAGCGGCGUUGCGUGCCAGUGCGUCCGCAAUGACAGCAAGCGCCGGUGGUACGAUCCUGGAAGAGGAUGAAGAUGAUGGUGGUAAUGAGUCGGACGAUUCGGACCGUACCGUGACGGAGGUACCGAUCGGAGCGGGCGAUGUACUGCAGGGUUCGGCAGACGAACAGAAAGCAGGUGAAGCGGCAAGAAUUAUCAAAUCAUCCACCGCAAACGUGGUGGUGGAGUGUGAGAAUGGAGUCGUUUACGAGGCGGAUCAUGUGAUCUGUACCCUGCCAUUAGGGGUGCUAAAAGAGCACAGCGAAACGAUGUUCGUCCCGGCGUUACCACAGUACAAGAUCGAAUCGAUCGACAGUUUACUGUUUGGCACGGUGGAUAAGAUAUUUCUCGAGUACGAUCGACCGUUUCUGAAUGCGACCAUCAGCGAAAUUAUGCUGCUAUGGGAAGGAUUGGGAGACAACGAUGGGGAAGCGCCCGAUGGACAGGAACAGGAUGGCCAGUGGUUAAAGGACAAUUGGUACAAAAAGAUAUACUCCUUCUCGAAGGUUUCCGAUACCCUGUUGCUCGGCUGGAUAUCGGGCCGGGAAGCUGAAUACAUGGAGACACUAUCGCACGAGAUCGUGGCAGAACGGUGUACGGAAAUAUUGCGCCAAUUCCUAAAGGACCCGUUCGUGCCGAAACCGAAACGAUGCGUGUGCACGAGCUGGCGGAAGCAACAGUUUAGUCGUGGUUCGUACACUGCCAUUGCCGUUGGUGCCUCGCAGGACGAUAUCGACAACAUUGCCCAGCCACUCUACUCGAGUCCUCAUCAGUCAAAGCCCUCGGUUCUGUUCGCCGGUGAGCAUACGCAUGCGAAUUUCUACUCGACGGUGCACGGUGCCUAUCUGAGCGGUCGAACCUCAGCCCAGAUCCUACUUACACCUGACUCUCCGCAGGAGAUUGUGAUGGAAUCGGACAGCAGCGAUCUCAGCUCGUGGAUACAGGGCAUUGCGCUUGAUUAGAGUACUCGAAUGGCUUUUGCGUGCAUUCCCCACCGGAAACCUAGCGUUCAGCGCUGUUCCUUUAAAAACCUUCUGUCGUUCUAUGUUUUUCCUCAGUUGCUAUCCUCUUAUCUUUUGCUGCUCCUAUCCUAUACUGACUGUCUUCCCGGUUCUAUUCAUGCCUCAUCAUAGCUUAGAUUUUAACUUCUUGACGUGGAAAACAAGAGUGACUGAUAUAAUAUCGCCUACAAUAGGGUACGCAAGCCACACAUUCAUACACACACAAAGUCCUAACUUACAAAGUUGCCUAAGAUUACAAGCGUAGAAGCGAAAAGGUACUUACCAAAAACAGAAAAGCGUUACGCGGGCUCGAUUAGAUUAUGUUAAAUUAUUAUUUACUAGGGGCGAUAAACAAGCGCCACAAACGGAAGUACAUAGUAUGGGGUUCGUUUGCGUAUAUGAUUUCCAAUCGACGCCGAUUAACUUGAUCACAUCGGGACAUCCUGUUAAUCGUACAUGACAAUUCUCACGCAUUUUGAACCGCACCAGCACGUACAUUAAAGCGCACACUUAAUGGCUUAAGCAGAAAAGUCAGCAAACAGAACCCAAUCGCUAGACAAACGAUUGCUAGUGUUUAGUUAAGCAUAAGUGAUAAAGUAUUGGAAAGGAAGCCAGCUAGCCCUUAAACCUAUAUGGGAUGAAUUAGAAACAAGCGAAGAAAAAUCACAGCCGUGAGGUGCAUACCUUUUUUUAGUAUUUAUUCAACAUACAGCAGACGCUUAGCUUCUGCUAGUGGGUAGCUUUUCAGUUUAUCAUGUUUGUUUUUUUUUUUGUUAAUUUGUUAUCACUGAAUCUAGUCUUCGGAAGCGAAGAUUCGCUUGGCAAUAUUACGGUGCAUUUCCUUCCGUCAGGAUCGCGGAACCUGCAACUGCAAUCAGUUAACCAAUUAGGAGAAUAUGUUUAUGUGUAUCUGUUUGUUACAUCCCUUUUUCCUCAUUUAAUAGUAAUCCUCGAUCGUUAGACUAUGUUAGGUAGACGAAACGUGCGUGCUAUUUUCUGUCCGCUUUAGUAAUCGGUUUGAUAGGUUGGCAUUUAUGUUUAGUAGUGCUUUUUUGUAGAGUAAGUUAUUCCAUUGUUACGUAGACUUUAUGAUUGAUUUCAUUGUGUUUAGGAUCGGAAUCGGUAGCGCAUCGAAGAAUUGGGAGCAAUGCAAGCAUUAGAGAGAAAGUGAUAAACAAAGUGUAAUGACUAAGCGAGUAUGAAACGUGUUCGAGAGAUAGGAAGACAACGUUCGUAAAAAAGUAUUUUGCUAGAAACAAAAAAAAUACAAUUUGUCUUGCGGCAAACGAAAUAUGAAAUAAUAAAACCACAAAUGAAUUGUUGAAAACAUUGGUAAAGAAUAUCAACGUACGUGAAGAAUAAAACCGAAUUGGAUGCGAA